AGGGCUGUAAAUUCGGUGGGACUCAGGCUCGUCUGUCGGCGUGGAACCGAGACCGAUUGGCAAGGCAACUUAAGCUCUCAAGGGUGCUGAAGGAGACAAGGUGGCGUUUCCUGAACGGGACAAUCCUGAAUGUAAUAAUUGCCACCAGCAUGUUGGCACUACCAGACAUAGCUGUAAACGUGACCUGACAUCUUGAAGAUUGUAUGCAUGGCCAUUGCGUGAUCUGGAAACUAUGGAGCUGAAAGUGUGGGUUGAUGGAGUCCAAAGGAUUGUUUGUGGAGUCACAGAAGUUACAACAUGUCAGGAGGUAGUUAUAGCGCUUGCUCAGGCUAUAGGUCGUACUGGAAGGUAUACUUUGAUAGAAAAAUGGAGAGAUACAGAGAGACAUUUGGCACCUCAUGAAAACCCUAUAAUUUCCUUGAACAAAUGGGGACAAUAUGCAAGUGAUGUGCAGCUAGUGUUGCGACGCACCGGGCCAUCGCUUAGCGAGCGGCCAACAUCUGACAGUGUUGCUCGGAUACCAGAAAGGACUUUGUACCGGCAAAGCCUACCUCCCUUGGCCAAACUCAGACCUCAGAAUGAUAAGUCGAUUAAAAGGAGAGAGCCAAAAAGGAAAUCUUUGACUUUCACUGGAGGAGCCAAAGGAUUAAUGGACAUUUUUGGGAAAAGCAAAGAGUCUGAAUUCAAGCAGAAAGUCCUUAACUGCAAGACCACAGUGGAUGAGUUGAAAAAACUGAUCCAUCUCCAGACGGAGAAGCUACAGUCUAUUGAGAAACAGCUGGACUCAGAUGAUGCUGAAAUUAAAUAUUGGGAGCAGAAGUUCAGUUACAGCUUGGAGGAUGAAAUUAUCAAACUGGAGCAGAAGAUCAAAAGGAAUGAGGUGGAGAUCGAGGAGGAGGAAUUCUGGGAAAAUGAACUCCAGAUUGAGCAGGAAAAUGAGAAACAACUGAAAGAGCAGCUCCAGGAGAUCAGGCAAAGGAUUUUGGACUGUGAAAGCAAGCUGAAAGAGUACGUGGUCCAGAUUCAUAACAUGGAAAGUGGCCUUGAGGCAGAAAAGUUACAACGGGAAGUACAGGAGGCAAAAGUAAAUGAAGAAGAAGUCAAAGGGAAGAUUGACAAAGUGAAAGGGGAAAUUGAUAUCCAAGGCCAACAAAGUCUCAGGCUGGAAAAUGGCAUAAAAGCUGUUGAAAGAUCUCUGGGCCAAGCUACCAAACGGUUACAGGAAAGAGAACAAGAACUAGAACAGCUGACAAAAGAACUGCGUCAAGUCAAUCUCCAGCAGUUCAUCCAGCAGACGGGGACCAAAGUCACCGUCCUUCCUGCUGAACCUGUUGAAUUGGAGUCUUCACACCCAGAGCUUGAGAAAGAAUCAACAUUUCAGACCAGCUCCCUCAAACGUCCCAGUUCCUCAAGGCAGCUUCCCAGCAACCUUCGUAUCCUGCAGAACCCACUAUCCUCUGGUUUUAACCCUGAGGGCAUUUACGUAUAACAGCCUAACAUUCUUCUGGAGAGGACCUGUGAAGGUACCAAGGACCAUACCCAGUUCCCUUCUAUUGGGUUUGUUCUCCCCGUGAUGUAUGGAGAAAGAAAACCAAACCUGGCAUUCUAAAACCACCAAGCAGGGGCAUUUCAGAUCUGCCACAAACUUGGAAUCCCGCCCCAUGCCUUGAUUACGAUGAAGAACAAAGAGAACUGUGGAGGCAGUUGCUGCCUUAAACAGCCAUGGUGAAAAAAGCUUUCUUUCUUUCUUUUUUCUUUUUUAAAAUUAUUAUUAUUAUUAUUAUUAUUACUGCUAUUUCUAAAGCAUUUGGAUAAAUAUUUCUUAGCAGGCAUAAAUGGCUGACCAGAGUACAUAAAAAAUAAAAAAAAUGCCCACCCUCUUUGCAGGUGAAUUAGGGUUUAAUUUAUUCCAUUUAAUUAGAGAAUGUUUGAGUGUGGGCAUAUAAUUUCUACCUGCAGGUCUUACCUAAGAGCAGGACUACCCUGCUCCCCAUGGUUGCUGCCUAAAAUGCCAUUCUGUAUUAAGUUCUCUCUUUCCCUCUUGACUCAUAUAUAGCAUCACUUAUACUGUGUGUGGAUGAGAGCUUGGUCGACAUUUCCUGCCCUCUUGCUAGUAUGGGAUGUUGUGAUGAACUUGGGAUGAGUGAUCCUAAAUAUGAAAGCAAAAGAAGGGAACAUAUACCUCCCCCACACACACACACACACACUCCCAGUUGCUCCAGACUGCAGGCAUUAGUGUGCUUCAUAAUUGACCACGCCAGGAAAGAUUGCUGUCAGGUAUAAUUUGGGUUUUUACCAUAACGAUGCCAUGCCUGCACUGUGAAAGUAAGUGUGUGUGUGUGAGAGAGAGAGAGAGAGAGAAGGAAUCAAAAUCAAUCAGUCUGCACAGGUAUGAAUGAAUAUACGUGAGGGUCAAAACGAUGUAGUGUUUUGUCACUACAAAUAUUCACAAUGACCAAAUGUGCUGAAGCUAAAACAAAAAAAAAAAGAGUUUUGAAAAGCUUGUUCUGCGGUGGGUUUUCUUGUGUUAUGGCCAUUGUGGGACUUUUUUUUUUUUUUUUUACAGCCGAUGGCUUUUCCCACUUAAAGGCCCACAGGCAUGAAACCCCACUUUGUAAGAAUACAUUUAGCAUUUGAAGAUCUUAUAGUUAGAUAGCAUAUUAUUAUAUGAAGUUUAUAUUUGAGAUAUUUUGCCAUAAUGAGUAUGCUUAUCAAGGAACAAAAUAUUAUGAGAUAUCUUCAGUCAAAUGUCUUGCCAAAGGAAUUUCUCACAGUUUAUUUUUAUUUUUAUUUUUACCACUAUAGUGUUCUUGUAUUAUAGCCAGAUUCUCCAAUAAAGACACAAUAAUUUAUCAUAGUGUAGACUUGUGCCACUUAAGAUUUACUGAGCCAAAAACACCGAUGUAUGGUAGCUGGUCAGUUGCUUAACAACCUAUUUUUGCAAAGCCAGGUCUAUCAGUCCUGCUUGGUUUCAGCCAUACAUAAAACUGGUGGAAUAUGCUCAGACUGUGGGAUGAAACAGUUGGACAGGUCCACCCUAACGCCUUGCCUAGAAUGAAGCAGUAUAUAUAUUUCUAUAACUGUUUGCAAGAUUAUUUCAGUCCAGGCUGUGAUAAUGCAAAAGGUUCUAAAGAAAUUGUCCUUUAUUUAAAUAAGAGCACAUUCAUUUCUAACAUACCUUGUCACCCAAUACUACCCAAAAGAAUAGAAUAGAUCUACAGAAGAAAAAUGCAUGUCCAAGAAAAAUAGGAAUAAGCACAUAAAUCACAGUUCAUGGUAAGUUAUUUUAGCGAUUAGAUUUCUGACAGUUCAACUAUUAUGUCAAACAGAACACAAGACUAUAUUUUGAGUAUUUCGGGACUUUUUUUGUAUUGUUAUAUUACUGAAUAUUACUGAAAUGUCUCAGAAUGAUUCUGAACUUGAUGUUCUGUUUGGAAGCAAUCACAUUUUGAUAUACUGUAAAAUCAGAAUCCAGGCCUUAUUAAUUGUAUUCAUUUAUCUGAGAGUAGAGUGAUAAAUGGAAUGCUCUUGUUUUUCUUAGGGUAAUGCUACAUUUACCUGAAAAAAAAAGGUGACCCCAAAUUUAAAUUAAUUCCCAUUCUCACAAGAGUGAGAAGGCAGGUGAAAAAUUAGAAAUAUGCACUCAAACCUUGCGCAAUGCCCAGCUCCAGCAGAAGCCAAUGAGUGACACUUUACAAAUGAGUAUGCAUAGCGUGCGUGUGUACAUACAGACAGACUUGUCAAAAGACUCACUUCAACAAAGGGGAAGUUUUGGUCCCCCCAGUAAAAUAAAAUUGUAUGGAUUGAAUUAAUAACUACAGAUUAAAAACAAUUGCCUGUAAAACAAAGUCCCCGCUUUGUUAAAUGAAUCCUCCAUCUGCAUAAAACCAAUUGUUCUCUUGCUCACCCGCGACGACUCCUGUAGCACCACUAAACAUGCACCUCCAGUCUUCUAGCACAAAUAACAAAAACGGAAACAGGAAAAGGAGGGAGAUGGGGUGAGGGGAAGGAGUAUCUGCAGCCCCGUAUAGAUCUCACAGGAAGGGAUCAUAUUCCCAGGCCAGCAGCUAAUUUUUAAAGGCACUUGCGCUUUUCAGCAAUGUUGUUUGGAGCCAUUUACAGCUCUGCCCAUUUCAACAGCAUACACUGUUCCCCAUUCCCUGUGCAUUUAUUUGGGGAAAAUACCUUGUCUCUCUAUUGGUAACCAUGGCAUGUGGACAUUUUGUGGCAUAAUUCUAAGAUUUGGCCCUCAGAAAGACUUGUCUACUGAUGGUAAAAAUGCCAUUUUUAAGACAAAGGUUACGUGCAGUGUGCUGAAUAAAUAGUGAAUGGGGCAUUUGCUAGCUAUGGGAUCCUAACAGUUGGGUAAUGUUCCAAUAAUAUAAUGCAUCCCAUUCAAAAACAUCCUUUCAACUCUGUGGCUGAUGCAUUUUAUAUAUCUUGGACCAAUUAUUUGGAUUUCAUAGGGAGAUGACUCAUGGGAAGAAUGAUUCUUCCUGCUAUGCAGGAUCUAAUUUUUGGAUCAGGAAGUUUGAAGAUGUCAAUAUAUAUAUAAAUAAGUGUGUGUGUGUGUGUGUGUGUGUGUGUGUGUGUGUGUCAAGUAAAAAGAAUACCCCUUUGAAUAACCCCAGUUGGAUUAAUUCAUCUGCAGCUAAAGAUUGAUAUCAAGUUAUUUUCUACCUGAAUCUUUCAUAUCCAGAGCUGUAGAAGUGAAUAAGGUGUAUACAAGUGAAAAGAAUCUACAAAUUAGAUGAAAGUAUUUUUAAUACUUCCCCCUUCCCUUGAAAUGCUGCAUUCUGAAUAGGAACUUCCUUGCCUGGAACUGUAACAAAAAACAGGACUUGACACCAUGAAAAAAAAGGUGGUUAAUGGUGGUGGACAAGUUCAAGGGACAGCUGGUUUGGCAGAUGAAUUUUCUUCUGCAGCAUACAAUCUCAAAGAAGUAGUAUUGCAUUCCACAAUGCCCAUAUGCUGUAUGACUCCCUGCGCAUUCCUCAAGUGUGCCCUAGAACCUCUGUAACAGCUUUCCUCCGUCUGUGUCGACUUCAGUUUCCAGAACUCCCCAGUCACCAUACCGUUGUUCCACAUUUCUGGAAAGGGCUGAGGUGGGGAUAACUGCUCCAUAGCGUGUGGAUUCUUCAGCCAAGAUUUGCUUCACACAGAAAUAACCAUUUGUAUUCCUUUGGGAGCAGGGAUUUUGAAAUGCAACUGCUGUUAAUUUAGCAUUCAUUCAUUGAACAGGCAAUUAGUAGUUAUUUCUGCCAAUGCAAAAUGCAAACAAUGAGCUAAGAACUCAUCACAAGUGCACUAACUUACCAACCCUAACUUAGCCUCCUCCACACUUCUCUAAACCAUAAAGA